ACGCAAUGCACAUACAAGUUGUGAAGAAAGCGUUUCACGUCUUUCCCACCUCUGAGUUAAGCACUGAAAACAGACGUCAAUGCAUUUUCUUUAUGAACCCUGACAAUUUAACAAGGAUCACAAACAUUUAAUAGUAAACACUGUCUACAAGUGCACGUGGUUAACAUUUCUUCCGGAUUCACUACAAGAAGCUAAAUUGUUCGUGAAUUUUUCAUUGCACUUAAAACAAGGGUAAUGUGCACAAUUGACCUCUGUUAACCCGAUAAGAUGUGUUAUAAUUGAAAAGUAUCACACUGUUUGAAACUUAUUUAUAUUUCUGGACGCUUUAGAUCAUACUAUCAUAACUAUGAACACUAUUGGAAUAACUCUAGCUCUUUUUCAGAGCCUGUCAAUAUUAUGCAUAUGCAUGGGCUCACUAAGAUCUGUAUGUUUAGAAGAAGAACAAUCUGUGAUAAUUCCAUACAUAUCAAACAGAAAUGGACAAUUUGUCAGUGAUUUAAAUAAUUCCACAUCAUAUCAAUAUUUAUACAUAUCAUUUAAAUGGAAGAAUGGUUUACAUACGUUACAAUUACAAAAAUCUGUCCAGAGUCUAUCAAACAUCCAUCUUACAUGGGACGAUGGUAAUGAAACACUGUCUUCCAGUUUUCAAGAUGAAUGUUCCUAUCAAGGAAACGUAGUUGGGAAAGCUGGAAGUGUGGCAGCUGUUUCAGUUUGUGAUAACUUGAACGGUUAUGUUUUGACAACUGGUUACGAGUUUGUCAUAGAGAACUUAGACGAUGAUUACCACAAAACAGGAUUACACAAGUUAACAGCUUGUCGAGUUAAAGAUUUCAACUUUAUACAAAUGAGGACCAAUAAUAGAAGUCGUCAUCGUAGAGACGCUUCAGAUUCAAAGAAAUACUUAGAAGUCCUCCUGGCUGUAGAUCCGUCAGUUGUUAAAUUUAUUGGAAAGGAAAAAGUAGAAAGCUACGUUUUGACCAUUAUGAAUAUUGUUAAUCGGGUAUAUAAGCAUGAUACACUAGAAACCGAUAUAGAAGUUGUUACCACAAAUAUUUUUCUCAUGACCGAUACUGAUGUAAAAGCUGUAUAUGUGAAGAACGAUGCUAGGCUUACUGUGGACCGAUUCUGUGCGUACAUGGCAUCGCAUCCCCGGUACGCUGUAGGCUCUAAACACGAUAUCUCUGUAAUGAUAACAAGAAAUGCCAUUGGCCCGGCAGGAUAUGCACCAAUAACAGGGAUGUGUAACCCAGCUCGGAGCUGUGCUCUCAUCAAAGACGAAGGCUUUACGUCAGCGUUCAUAGUUGCCCACGAAAUAGCUCACGUAAUAGGUGUGUAUCAUGAUGGUCACGGAAACGAUUGUGGCGGACGAGAAUUCCAAUACAGUAUGAUGGCAUCUAUGGUACAAUCAACGCUGCAUCAUUACUGGUGGUCACGGUGUAGUAAUGAUAGAAUAAAACAAGCUCUGCCAUAUUUGACUUGCAUGAACAACAAUCCAUUAGAGGACCCAUUGAAAGGUGUAAGUCACCCUCUUGGAAAGGCAUUUAAUCUAGAUGAUCAAUGUAGAUAUGAGUUUGGUGCCAAUCAUAUAUCAUGCAGAUCGUAUUAUGGUGACCUUUGUGAUACAUUAUGGUGCGCUGAAAAGUCUAACAUGAGACUGUGUAAAACAAAAAGAGGGAGGCCUUUAAAUGGUACACCUUGCUCAUCAGGAAAGUACUGGUGCAUGGAUGGGAAAUGUUCCUAUCAUGGACACAAUAAACCAAGAGAUGGAAAAUGGGGAGAUUGGGGAUCCUGGACAAGUUGUUCCACUGACUGUGAAGUUGGUAUUAAAGAGAGAAGUCGGAGAUGUAACAAUCCUAGACCAGCAUUUGGUGGAAAACCUUGUGAAGGUGAUGAUAAAGAAGUGUAUACAUGCUCAACUGGAAAAGAAUGUAAAGAGUACUCAGACCUACGGGCUCUGCAGUGUUCUGCUUUGAAUGGAAUACCAAUAAGAGGACGUGCUCACACAUGGCUGGCUUAUCAAAAGGAAAAAGAAAAAGACCAGUGUAAAUUUACAUGUCAGUCCAAUGAUACAGGACAAACAAGGAGUUUUGAAGAUAUGGAUCUUGAGGAUGGCACACCCUGUACCUAUGAAAAUCCAAACAACAUAUGUGUAAAAGGCGAGUGCUGGAAAGUGGGAUGUGAUGGACAGAUGAAUUCUACUGAAACAUAUGACGACUGUGGUGUGUGUGGUGGUAAUGGUUCCGACUGUAAACUUGUUAAAGGCACAUACGAACGAAUGUUUUCAUACGAACGGUGGCCGCCAAAAUAUGAAAGAAUAUUGGUGAUACCAGCAAACUCAAGAAAAAUAGUUAUCACUGAAGGGCAAUCAGCGUCACAUUUUUUCGCGGUAAGGGACCCUGCUUACGGAAUAUACUAUUUAAAUGGAAACAGAAGACUUGCGACUCGUUCAAAGAAAAUUGUAAUGAAUGGAGCAUGGUUUGAGUAUGAAAACCAAUACAACCGUGAAUCCUUGAAAUCAGUUGGACCGUUAAGAAGACCGUUGGAACUAAUGAUGAUGCCACAAAACAAGUACCAAAAAGCAAGUGUAAAUUAUGAGUAUGUUGUUAAAAAAGACGAUUUUACUUUUGAAAAGAGCAAAUAUGAAUGGGUGUAUGAUCAUUGGACAGAUUGUUCUGUAACGUGUGGAGAUGGAUCUCAGCAUAUCAUAAACAAGUGCAUAGACAAGGACACGAAAGAAUCCGUAAUAGACAACCGUUGCUUAUAUGUUGGCAGCAAAACUGAUGAACCAGUCAAAUGUGAAAGAAAACCUUGCGAUGCAGAGACAUAUGUCUGGGCAAUGCAGCUUACCUGGACACAAUGCUCUGUUUCUUGUGGAGGAGGCAUACAGACACAAGAAUACACAUGUGAAAACAAAACACCUGCAGGUGCUUUCAUACAAGUGGAUGUAUCUUACUGCGACAAUACAUCAUCUCCAAAUUACACACAGCCUUGCAAUAAAAAACAAUGCGGUUUUUAUGAGUGGGAAUCUACAGACCAGUGGACAGCAUGUCCGAUAACAUGUGGAUUCGAAGGAUGGCAGUUUGAAAUUUUCAAUUGUUCAUAUGUUAUGGGCGAAGAAAGAGAAGUAGCUAAUGCAUCCUUGUGUGGCGUGAAUUUAAAGCCUAAUAUAACCAGGGCUUGUAGAUUAGAACCAUGUUAUCAGCAAUGGUACCAAUGGGGAUUUAACAACGAAUAUACAGAAUGUUCAGCAACUUGUGGUGGAAGUGGAAUACAGUUCCCAGUAUUUUUCUGUGAACAAAUUGAUUCUCGUGGCUUUUCAGACAUUGUCAGCCUGAAAAUGUGUAACAACAUGAUUCGACCAGAAAAUAGUACAAAACCAUGUAAACAAGAUAAGUGUGUGUUUGAAUGGUUUGAAUGGCAUUAUGAGGAAUGGAGUGAAUGUUCUGUCCCUUGUGGCAAUACUGGCUAUCAGACUAGAGAUUACCAUUGUAAGAGAAUGUACUCAAAUGGCACAUCAGAGACGGAGAAGAUAUACAUGUGUGAUGAUUUACAAAGACCUGUAUAUAAGAAAGACUGCAGUGGCCCACCAUGUAAAUACAGUAUUUUCCGUUUAAAGUACAGUGAGAAAUGGGAAGAAUGCACGGCAACCUGUGGUGAUAUGGGAAUACAGACUCAAAAGUCAUUUUGUCACGAAGUAAUGCCAAAUGGAACUAUAAAUGAUGUUUCUAUACAUAUGUGUGCGGAUUUAGUAUCACUUAGUGAAAUUCAAGCGUGUAAUAGAAUUCCUUGUAUAAAAUAUAAAUGGACUGCUUCUCCAUACUGGACCAAUUGUACCGCCGUGUGUGGAGAUGAUGGACUUACAUACCAGAUGCAUUAUUGUGAUAUGGUAAAAGAAGAUGGAUCAACUCAGUUUGUCCAUUUUGAAUUUUGCGCUGACAUUCAGAUGCCGUUUGUAUCUAAAGAAUGCAACAGACGUGAAUGUGAUCAGGAAUGGAUAGCAGGCAACUGGUCCAAGUGUUCUACAACCUGUGAUAAAGGUGUGCAAAGACGACCUGUAAUUUGCGGUGAACCAGAAAAUACCAAUGACGACUUUUUGUGCCUUGGUGAUCCACCAUCAAGUAUUCAGGCUUGCAAAUUGGAAGCAUGUCCAUUAGAUGACGCAACAUGUAUCGACAAACGGUCCUUUUGCGGAAGAAUGGCUUCUAGACGACGAUGUGCCUAUCGUGGAUACAAAGAUAGAUGCUGUGCAUCUUGCUCAAAAUGGCAUUAAACGUAUUGAUUAAACUGUUUCAUAUUUUAUGUUCUAAUAAUGGUUUGCAUGAUUGUGAGGCAACGUUCAAAUGUGUGUUGACUUAGUCUUAGUUAUGUCCCAUUUCAUAAA